CCGUUAUUCUCUGAUUUAUCUGAAAAAGGUGUGACAUUGUAGUACCUAGAUCGGGCGGUAGGGGGCAACAAUCCGCAAAUAUACUUGAACGCCGUCAGCUUUUCAAAGAGAAGAAGAAAAACCUCACAACAACAAACACUAAACUGUCAGUCUAAUGUUUUAAACUUCAUUUCAGCUGUUUCUUUUGCUGUCAGAGGCAUUAGAUUAUCUGUUACCUAAAAUGGAAAGUGAAGCGGAAGAGGACGAUGCAGAAUGGAAGACUCCCUGUUCAAAAAGCCCUGUUUUUUCUCCUUCAUUAGAGUCAGGUAAUACGACGUGUUCUUCAACUCCUCAUAAAGUCAUUGUGCAUUUCGACAUGGACUGUUUCUACGCUCAAGUAGAAAUGAUCAGAAACCCAACACUAAGACAUGUGCCUUUAGGUGUUCAGCAAAAGUACAUUAUAGUCACAUGUAAUUAUGUGGCUAGAGAGCGUGGUGUUACUAAGCUGAUGUCUGUCACUGAUGCCAAAGAGAAGUGUCCUGAGCUGGUGUUGGUGAAAGGAGAAGAUCUGACACACUACAGAGAAAUGUCCUACAAAGUAACAGAACUUCUUGUUUCAUACUGCCCAUUGGUGGAAAGGCUUGGAUUUGAUGAGAACUUUAUGGACAUCACGGAGAUGGUGGAAAGACGGCUUCAGCAAUCUAAAACCUGUUCAUUUAAAGGUCAUGUCUACAGUAAUAAUGUUUCAGAAGUCAAAGCUAGGAUCUACCCAUGGCUGGCUAUUGGUUCUCACAUUGCAGCAGAGUUAAGGGAAGCUAUCCACAGUAAACUGGGCCUCACUGGUUGUGCUGGAAUUGCAACAAAUAAACUGCUUGCAAAACUUGUGUCAGGCACCUUCAAACCAAACCAGCAAACCACUCUGUUGCCAGAAGAUGUGAGCAGCAUCAUGGGCAGCUUGACCACUCUACGUAAAGUUCCAGGUAUUGGGCAUCAAACGGCUAAGAGGCUUCAGGCUCUAGGAGUGUCCAGCGUUAAGGACUUGGAGCUUUUCCCUUUGGACCCUUUGGCGAGAGAGUUUGGAGAGCCUAGUGCAAGGCGACUGAAAAAUCUAGCCCUUGGCACUGAUGACUCAACUGUUACUCCAACUGGGGCACCACAGUCACUUAGUGAUGAAGACUCUUUUAAGAAAAUGUCAUCAACUAAAGAAGUUAUCGAAAAGAUUCAAGAAUUAUUGACAACUCUAGUCGAGAGAAUGCACAAUGAUGGAAGGCAGCCACAGACUUUGCGGCUAACCAUUCGUAGAUAUUCCGCAACAAACAAAUGGUUGAGCCGGGAGAGUCGACAAAGCCCAAUCCCAAAUCAUAUUGGUCAGAAAAUUGUCCAUGGCAAAUUUGAUGAUGCAGUGGGUCAGCUGAAGCCCUUGGCCAUGAAGCUUUUUCAGAAGAUGGUGGACACCAAUAAGGCUUUCCAUCUUACCCUCAUCAAUGUGUGCUUUAGUAACCUGCAGACCAGAGCUUCUGCCUCUGCCUCAGAUAAAAACUCCUUAAUGUCUUUCUUCAAACAAAAUUCAUCUCCAGAAAAGACCAAAACGGACUCACCAUGUGACCAGAGUGAUUCAAAUUCUGGUGGAGGAAGAUGUAACGCGGAUGAAUCUAACCCACACAGUUCUGUUACACAACAGAUCUCAAAGAAAGAAACUGCAAAUUUCCAACCAGUUUCCAACCUUACUAAAACAGAGAACUCUUUCACCGUAUCCUCUACUGGCCCAAACAUUGAGUCACAACAGGAAGAAAUAAGUAGUCCUGAAAUAAGUGGCUUGUCUACAAAUAUUGAUCCAGAAGUGUUAAAAUGUCUUCCUCAAGAAAUCCAGAAGGAACUAAUGUCUUCCCACGCCUCCACAGACUUGCUACAUAAAAAUAUAAACAACACUUUACCUGAAGUGGAUUCCCAGAAGAAAUCGACCUUAAAUUCCUUAGGGCCCUCUGUUUCUGGGGACCUCAAAAUAAAAAACAGUUUGUCAUCUCCGGGAUCGUCUGGUGCCAAGAUCUUUGGAAAUGUGGACCCGACAGUGUUUGCAGAACUUCCACCAGAACUGCAAAAGGAGUUGAUGUCUGAAUGGAGGCAAGAUAAGCCAGUCUCAAAAGCACCUUCCUCAAAGAAACCAGUGGGAAAUGUGACUCGCAAAGACAAAAAGACUUCAGGGAAAAGCAGGCAAUCAAACAAUCUGCUGAAGUAUUUCAAACCUCAGUAGAGUCAGGUCUUUUUGUGUGUGUGUUGGGAAUAGUGGAUACUUAAAUUUCACACAGUUUUGACUAAGAAAAAGACUUAAUAACUCAAUAAUAAUGAAAAGUGGUUUUCUUUUAGGUCAUGUAAAAUAAUAGUUUAUUUAAUAUUACCAGGUUGUCUUACUGGUCUGAUAAAGGUCAGGAAAAUCUGUUAACUAUAACUGUUCAAACUUUUUUUUCAGUUUUUCUGCUCAAAUGAUUAUAUCUAGUUUUGACACUGAUUUUUGUUUCAGUUUGCAGUUCGAUUUGCUUGACAACCUGUUUGAAUUAUGUUUGUACAUUGAGACUGUGCAUUCAGAACAGAUAAAGUUUAUUUGUACAUUGACUUUACACAGUUACAUUGAGAUGCUUGAAGGUAAAAGAAACAUU